CACCAGCCCAACUGAUCCCCUCGCAACAUACAACUCUUCCUGUGUCCUUGUCGGCUUUCCUUGCCUGCUUAACUGGCUCCCUCACCGCGCGUCUUUGCAUUCCUGCUGCGACGAGGCCUGAUCCCAUCGUCCAGUAUGGCCAUCGUCCCCGUUGACACGACCCUCCAAGUGCCCCCUCGGGACCCUCCACCGGAGGCACCCCCCGCGGUGGCCGUGACGCCCUGCGACCCCUGGCCAGCGCCGUAUUACUUCGAGGGGGGGCUGCGCCGCGUGAAGCCCUACCACUACACGUACAACACUUACUGCAAGGAACGGUGGCGCGGACGGGAACUGCUGGACAUCUUCCUAUCGGAAUUCCGCGACCGACCAGCUGAGUAUUAUAAAAAAGCCCUGGAAACCGGCCUCGUCUGCGUCAACGGUAAACCCGGAACGCCGCACACGAUCGUGAAGAACGGCGAGAUCAUCUCGCACACGCUGCACCGACACGAGCCGCCGGUGACGGGCAAGGAGAUCGGGAUCAUCCACGAGGACGAGGAUCUGAUCGUGAUCGACAAGCCGGCGGGGGUGCCGGUGCACUCGGCGGGGCGGUACCACUACAACUCGGUGCUGGAGAUCCUGCGCUCGCAACGGCACCCGGAGUGGGUGCCGCGGCCGUGCAACCGACUCGACCGACUAACCUCCGGGGUGAUGUUCCUGGGGAAGCACGCCAAGGCGGCGGAGGUGAUGUGCGAGAAGCUCAAGGCGCGCACCCUGCAGAAGGAGUACGUCGCGCGCGUCAAGGGCCGGUUCCCCGACGGGGUGGUCGUGUGCGAUCAGCCCAUCAUGUCGGUCAGUCCCAAGGUCGGGUUGAAUCGCGUCCGGGCCACGGGCAAGGAGGCGAAGACGAAGUUUCGGCGGUUGGCGUACUUUCCCCCUUCGGCCGCCCGGGGAAGUGACGAACCCUCCUCUUCUUCGAGGGAGGAGGAGGAGGAUGAUGAGAGGCAGAGACGGGUGGCGACGCCGCCGCCCAUCUACGCCAAUGAAGAAGAAGGCUACAGUAUCGUGCACUGCCUGCCGCUGACAGGCCGCACGCAUCAGAUCCGCGUGCACCUGCAGUUCCUGGGCCACCCCAUCUCCAACGACCCCAUCUACUCCAACCGCAAGGUCUUCGGCCCGGAGCUCGGCAAGAAUGACACCUCGGCCGACCGCGACCAGGAGCUGAUCGCCCGCUUGUCGAAUAUGGGCAAGACCGAAACCGCCGCCGACAGCACCACCACCACCACUACGACAGAGGCCACGAGCUACCGCACGCACCUGACCGCCGCGCCGCUGGUGCCGCCCGGCACGGACUCGUCCGUCGUCGAGGAGAUCAUGUCGCGCGAGCACGAGGCCGCCGUCGAGCGGUACCACAAGCGCAAGGGCGAGCGGCUGUCCGGCGAGCGCUGCCCCGUCUGCGACACGGAGCUGUACACGGACCCCAGCCCCGAGGAGCUGGGUAUCUUCCUGCAUGCCGCCGCGUAUGCCGACAAGGGCGCCGAUGGCUGGAAGUACACCAGCAAGAUGCCCAGCUGGGGCCUGCCGCCCAAGGGCAUGGACGGGCCCCGCGAGAUGCCCGACUGGGUCGAUGUCCCGGAGGAUGAGGAGAUUGUCAUCGGCUACGGCACGGUGCCGGAGAUUGGCGGGGAUGGUGAGGGCGAGGACAAGGAGAGGAGCAUCCCUGCCUUGGUCCAGGGUGUCGGUUUGGUGGAUAUUUCGGCGGAGAGGCAGGCACACGAAGCUGCUACUGCUGCUGCUGCUGCUGCUGCCGCCGAAGUUCUCCCUACAGAGACAAGAGUUGGCGCGGAAGCAACAGCUUGAUUUUUUUUUGGGGGGGCAUGGGUAUUGAUUGGUAUGACGUUUUGCAUUGGACUCCGACAUGGAACGAGUUGGUAGUACAUACAUAAUCUUUCAGCAGUUCUCGUAGACACGCAAAUAGACGGUUCCCACACACUACAAGACUUACAAGACUAGAUCAUCAUAG